AUGACCAUGUUACGUUCCAGUAGCCCUGCCAUGUCUGAAAUAUCGGUGGGUUCUCCCAGUCCACCGCCAGCUUUACAUUCGACAUCAGUGUCUACUAAUGGUUUUCAUGUUCUCAACAUCAAAAGACUUAGGCCCAGUGUGGAAAUAAUACCCACACAAUCCUUGAAAUUCCCCCCACCCAUAGCAUUGCCCCAGCGUAGAAAAUCUAGUGCGGAACGUGUUAAAAGUUUUUCUAUAGCUGAUAUUUUAGGCAAAAGGGAACAUGAGGAAAAACCUGCGGUGGAAAUGAAAACUCAUUUAAACAAAAGAUCCGGCACGCCACCCUCAAAACCCUUAGCACUUGCCAGCAUUCCUGCUACACACAAUAUGCCUUCGCAUAUAUUGGCAGAACGUUUACAACCUGCUCCAGCUCCCUUACUAAUGCUAGACUUACCCGGUCUACACAAAGUUAUACCCACAGCCUGGGAUCCUGCUGCAGCCGGUAAUCCCAACCCGUCUCCACCAUCCUUGCCCAUACACCAUUUCUUUCCUCCCGCUCUGCUGCACUAUGAACAACGUUUGGCCUGGGACUAUCAGCGUCAGCUGCAGGAACAUUUCCAAGCACAGGCCCAGCUCUUGAGACAAAUGAGCAUGGAUCCCAAUAUUAUACCAUCCGAAGAUGGUUCCGAACGUUCUCGCUCUAGUUCAGCCGGUAGUCAGUGCUAUUCACCCGAUGUCAAUGUAGCCGGAGAUGAUGAUGACGAGGAGGGGGAGGAAGGUGAAGAAGAUUCAGUGGGAAACUGUAGCAGGAAUGAUGAUCGUUUGCCGGCAAACAGGGAUAAAAGUGAUAGUAAUGCGAAAAUUUUGGAUGAUAAAUCGAAGAAGAUUGCAACUGAUACACCAUUGGAUGCUUUGUUCCAGCUGUCAACCAAAAAUUUCGAUGAAGAUCAAGAUCCUGCCACCUUAAACAUCUUUGCAACACGACCGAAUCCCAAAAAGAAGCGCAAAAGUCGUACAGCCUUCACGAAUCAUCAGAUAUUUGAGUUGGAAAAAAGGUUUCUCUAUCAAAAAUAUUUAUCGCCGGCAGAUAGAGACGAAAUUGCCGCCGGUCUAGGACUCUCAAAUGCCCAGGUGAUUACAUGGUUCCAGAACAGACGUGCCAAACUAAAGCGGGACAUGGAGGAGCUCAAAAAGGAUGUUGAAAACACGACCAGUCAGCCGACAUCAGCAGCAGCCGCCGACAGCCCCACAGCAUCCCCCCCAUUCGGAAGUCCAUUCAGCAGCGCUUACACAUGGCAACCAUACUACGGGAGUCUACAGCAACACAACAUCCUCAGGAAGACUAUCAUCAGCAGCAGCAGCAGGAACAACAGGGAUCAACAUUUCAACAGUACAACAGCUGUCACAACAACACCAGCAGCACCUCAACACUACAACAACAACAACAACAACCACCACAACCAACACGUGCAAUGAAAGCAGAAACGAAAGCGGUAAUUCAAGCGGAAGUAGCGAGGAGUCUCUACAAACUC